AUGGGGUUCGCCGGCGAUGGUGGCGUGUGCGCGCUGUGGCGCCGGGCCGAGGGCCCCGAAGAGCGGCGGCUGCUGGAGCUCUUCUCCUACGGGCUGAUGGCGCUGGGCGCCUCCUCCGCCCUUCUGCUCCGCUUCAUCCCCAUGCCCUACGGCCGCUACUCCUCGCGGCGCUUCGGCUGGCUGCUGCCCGCCCGCCCCGCCUGGGCGCUGCAGGAGCUGCCCUCCCUCCUCGUCCCGCUCGGGCUCGCCGCCUGUGGCGGGGCGGUCGCUGCCGCCCGGCCCAACCGCGUCCUGCUGGGCUGCUUCGUGCUGCACUACGCGCACAGGGCACUCAUCUUUCCUCUUCUGAUCCGUGCAGGAAAACCAACACCGUUUUUCACUUUUGUGUUAGCCCUUCUCUUCUGUGUUUUCAAUGGAUACUUGCAAGGCCGAAGCUUAACCACCUAUGCAGCUUACCCUCCAGGCUGGCUGGGCGAUUCACGCUUCAUUACAGGUUUUUUAGGGUGGUUGAUCGGUGUGGCCAUCAAUAUUCAUUCUGAUCAUAUUCUCAGAAAUCUGAGAAAACCAGGGGAAACUGGUUACAAGAUACCAAGAGGAGGAAUGUUUGAGUAUGUCAGUGGAGCCAACUUUUUUGGAGAGAUCCUGGAAUGGUUUGGGUUUGCCCUUGCCUGUUGCACUAUUGAAAGCCUUGCAUUUGCAUUGUGUAGUCUCUUCAUCCUGGGUUCAAGGGCAAGACAACACCACAAAUGGUACCUUGAGAAAUUUGAAGACUACCCAAAGGACAGAAAAAUUGUCAUCCCAUUUUUGUACUGA